GAAUGGCCGACACUUUAAUCAAGGGAGAGCGAAAUCUUACCCGCGGUGAAUUGGAUAUGGAGGAUUUCUCGCAGAACAAUGCUCUUUUAUUCACACUAUGUGAACGUCGGAUUCAUCGUAUUCGAAAAAGAUAUCUGAGAGCAGUGAUGCGUCAGGAUAUGGCCUGGUUUGAUACUCAAGAAAUUGGAGCUUUAACGAGUAGAAUGAGCAGCGGAGUGGAAAAAUUAAAGGAUGGAAUUGGUGACAAAAUGGGACUGCUCUUCUCAGCAUUGGGAUCAUUUGUUAGCGGCAUAGGACUCGGAUUCUACUUAAGUUGGAAGAUGACGUUGGUGAUGAUGUUUACGGUACCGGUGCUUCUUGGGGCCAUGUUCGUCUCGGCAAAGCCUCACAAUAAACUGGAAUAUUUCCAGAUGAUUUCAAGAGCGUCGAAGUCUGAAACCUACGCGUAUUCAACGGCUGGUGGCUUAGCCAAUGAGGUUAUAGCCGGAAUUCGCACUGUUAUGGCGUUUAAUGCCCAACCAGCAGAGAUUCAUCGGUACGAAAAAGAGCUGAAUACAGCGCGAAAGCUUGGUAUACACAAAGGGGUUGUCCUAGGCGUCUUUGCAGGAUUGAAUGUCUUUCUCAUGUUUGCUGCAAUGGCCGUGUAUGGAACAACCCUUGUCGUCAAGGGCGAGAUAACUCCAGGAACUGUUUUCGCGGUAUUCUGGUCUGUGCUGGUUGGUACACGACGAUUAGGUGAUGCCAUCCCACAAAUGGGAGCUAUUCUUGGUGCUAGACUGGCAGCUGCUGACAUAUUUGCUGUUAUAGACAGAGUACCAGAUAUCGACAGCUCGAGAAUGGAAGGAUUUACUCCAGAAGAAAUCACAGGGAGGCUUAGCUUCACCAAUGUCCACUUCACUUAUCCCUCCAGGCCUACAGUGAAAAUUCUCAAUGAUGUUAGCUAUGAGGUACGAACAUGUAGGUCUUGGAUUGAAAACUUCUGUCUUAGAGAUAGUGAUUUCGUAAAAUUCGUCUGAAA